AUGGACUGGUCGACCGUCACUUUCGUGCGUCUCGGCUUCAACCCGCUCGUGACCUUUGCCUUUGUCGAGCUUUCACCGCAGCUCGCCUUCUUCGAGAUCAAAGACUGCCCGAUCUCCAACUUUACCGUGACGCCACAGACGUACGCAGCGUUGAACGCGUUGAAGAAAUGGGACGGCGAUACCGACAACUACGCCGGGUUUGUCGUCACACGCAGCAUCUUGACGAGCUCGUCGGCCUGCGCGGCCAUCAACGGACAGAUUCGGUCGCUCUGGGCAUCGUCGGCGUCGUACACGAUCAGCGUCUGCGUUGCGAGUCCAGGGGCUUCCAGUGUCGACCCGUCGAGUGCACCGGCACCCGUCACCAAGGCACCCAUCACCAAGGUGCCUAGUCCGUCCAGCGGGUCGCAGGCGUCUGGCAAGGACAAGGACCCGCCCUCUGACGCCAAUACGGGCCUCAUCGUCGGGCUCAUCAUUGGUGGCCUCGUCAUCGUCGUGCUCGUUGUCCUGCUAAUUCGACGCCACCAGUCCGACAAGACGCCCCCGGUGACCGCCGAGUACCACUACGCGCCGCCGACGACGCAGGCGUACGUGUACCAGCCGAUGGAGGCCGAGCCCUACCAGUACCAGUCGCCCGAGCCGCCGUUGUACGUGCCGCCCAAGCAGCCCGCGCCGGCGCCGGCACCGAGCCAGUAUGCGCCGACGUGCGUUGCGAGCAGUCGCAGCUCCAACUACGCGAUUCCGACCGGCGGCUCUGGCCCGUUUGUUCCGCCACGUACGUCUACAGGUGGCUCGGGCGGCCACGUUGCAUCGAGCGGCAGUCUCCCGACAGCGACCUCGAUCAUGUCCGAGGGCGACAUCUUCCUCGACGUCGCGCCGCUCCGGCCCCACAAGCUCGAGCUCGCAGAUCUGACAGUCAUUUCCGAGCGCCCGAUCUCGUCCGGGGCGUACGGCGAGGUGUGGCUCGGCCAGCACGGCAACGAAAAGGUCGCGAUCAAGAAGCUCAAGGACCAGUCGCCCGCCAGUGUCUUUCAGUUCAUCGAAGAGAUCAAGCUACUCUCGCGAAUGAACAGCGAUUUUAUCGUCAAGUUUGUUGGCGCGAGCUGGCGCCGUCCGAUCGAAAUGGAGUGCGUCGUCGAGUACAUGGACCUCGGCGAUCUGCGCAACUACCUCGCGACCAACUCGCCGGCGUCGUUUAGCUGGGACCAAAAGCUCAAGUCCAUUGUGAGCAUCGUCCGCGGCCUCGUCUACCUCCACACGUUCAGCCCACCGAUCAUCCACCGCGACCUCAAGUCCCGCAACGUCCUCCUCGACUCGAAGAAGGGCACCAAGCUCACCGACUUUGGCUCGUCGCGCGAGAUUGACGAGUCGACGCUGACCAACGGCGUCGGCACCUACCAGUGGAUGGCGCCCGAGAUCAUCAUUGGCACCGAGUACACGGUCGCGGCCGACAUUUACUCGUUCGGUGUGAUUCUGUCCGAGUUUUCGACGCACAACGUGCCGUACUCGGACCUGGUCAACCCGGGCACGGGUCGUCCGUGGAACCAGCAGUAUAUCAUCACCAAG